AUGAAAACAGGUUUAUUAUACGGGGUUGUUGCUAGUUCCAAGACCCGAGUCCGUUGCAUAUUUUGCGGUGUUUUCAUUCCGAAGGCAAGCAAAUGCAUUGAACAGCACCUAAAUGGAGCAAGACACAAAGAAAACAUCGAACUCAUGAACGAAAAUGGGAUUGCUUUCAUCAGUGAUGCCUUGCAUUGUAAGCCUUGUAAAAGAAAUUUGCCUCAUGAAGAAUCUGUUUUAGAGCAUAUAGAUGACGAGGACCAUGCAAACUGGAUGGCCGCGAUGGAGGAUCUUAUAGACGGUGAGUUUAUAACUGUAGAUGAUUAUCUAUCAAGCGAAAAAGACUAUGCUUUAUGUGAGGUGUGCAACUGCAACAUUGAUUGCUCGCUGCAGUGUAUUGAAGAGCACGUGAAUAACAUCGAUCACCGGACGAACAUUACAGAGCGCCUGAAACCCCUCAACGGUAUAUUCUCAGUAGAUAACGAUGAAGUUGUAUGGUGUAAAGUUUGUGAUGUAUACAUGGACAACACAAUCCGUAAUAUUCUCAGUCAUAUUGAUGAUGAUGAGCACCAUAUGGAAUGGUUUGCUGAGAUGGAAGACUUAAUUGAAGACCAGGAAUUGUCUAUAGAAUCUUAUUUAGCAAAUGAACAUGACACAAAUGCUUAUUGCAAGAAAUGCCAUAUGGAAGUUCUUUGCACUACACAGGGUAUCCGAAGCCAUGUUCAUAGUGAAGCUCAUUUAAAUCAAUUUGGUUUAUAG